UCAAUCAUAUCCACAGCUCGCGUAAAUAAAAUAGUGCAUUGAUCGCAUUGAAAGCGCGUUGUUAGUGUUACAUAUAGUUGCAAAUUUAUUAAUUUAAAUACAAGAAUCUGGUAAACGUUAUAGAUUUUUUUUUUUGAAAAGACUAGCUUGGAUUUGUUUCAGGAAUAGAAUUAUAAUUUGCGACUAUUAGAAAAAAUAAUAAACUUUGAAAAAAAAAUAUGUUAACGUCGAGCUUUAAAAACGAAAAUUUAGAAAAAAACAACGUAUCAAAGGAAUGCGAGUUGUAUAAAAACGAACCAAAAACAAAUCUUGUUAGCUUUGAAAAAGGCAGUAGCAUAUGGACCUUUUUUCGAUUUCUUUUUUAUUCAACAGCACUUAAGACACAAGAGGGUAACAAUUAUUCUGAUCAGAAAAUUCUAGACACAUCUGAUGAUGAAGAUUCGAGCAAUUUAAAAUCAUCUGGUUAUCAUAGUUUGGAAAACAGUUGUGAGAUUGAGGAUUCUUAUAUAAAAGUUUCAAGAUUUUCAGGAGAAGAAAAAGAUGAAAAAACCGACCAUUACGGAACAUUCAAAGAAUAUCAGGAAAUGUAUAUGCAGCAGAAGUUAGCAAGUGAAAUUAAAUCAAUUGUUGAGCAUGAGCACGAUGAAAUUACCCACUGUAUCACUAUAUCGGAUUAUUUAACGUUAAGAACAGCUGGAGAUGUUAUGAACUUAUCGAAGCACGAGCCGUACGGACUUAAAGGUUGCAAAUUAAUUCUGCUUAUCGAAGAUGGAACCAAAACAAUAAAUUUAGGAAGUAUUUUUCCAGAAAAAGGAAUUAUUAGUACCUUUGAAAUAACCCUUGUGUUACAUUUGCGCAAAAAUCCAUGUCGUCGAGUACCUUUUUUUAAUUGCAAGCCUAAAGGAAUGGAAGUAAUUGAACAAUAUGAACUGAGAAAAGAAAAGAUGUAUACAGCAAAACAAAGAAGACUGUCGCCAACAAUUCGUUUAUGAUUGGCUUAAAUUAGGACACUUCAAAUCUGAAAAUUUUUACUGCGUUUUUGCAGUUGUAGUAGUCUCCUAUAAAAUUUUAUUGUAAUUUAUUUUCUUGGAAACCAACUUUUAAUAUAUAAAUUUGUUAA